GGUCAUAAAUAAGCCGUGGUCAUAACAGGUUGCUUUAGAAGCUUUAUCAAAUGAAGAAUUUGUUUUGUUAAAGAAAGCUUGUUCCCUCUUCUCUGUCUGACACUGAUGUGACACUAUAUUCAUCACCUGUAUCUUCUUCAUCCAUCAUUUUGACACAUAAAGGGAGAAAAUAUAUUAAAAGCUGGAAAUGAAUUAUUUUCUGAUAAAUUGUACAUUGUUGCGAAAUAUUAGAUGACCUUUAGGAUGGAACUGUUUACAAAGAUUUCUGUCUGAAAUAUAACUUACUUAAAACUGUUAUUAUUAGAAAGUAGAUUCAACCAUAAAACUAAAUAAUCUGUAAACAGUAAUUUAUGGUUAUUACUAUUUCACAAUCGAUGUAACUCUUUUACAACUGACGGCUCGUUUAAUGUGCAUAGGCCUAUGGCUGUUUAUGUUUUCAAAUACAUUUCAAAUCCCGAAUUAACACUGUUAUUCCUGGGUUGUCAUGUUUUUAGAAUGAUCUGAUUGUAGUUAUCAUUUCUCGAUGCAGUUGCUUCUAAAAAUAAAGGUUCUUUAUUUGAUCAGUGGUUCCAUAAAGAACCUAACAUCCAUAGAACCUUUACAUUGCACAAAAGGAUCUUUAAAGUUUCUUAAUAUUUUGUAAUGGUUCUUAAAAAAAAAAGGUUCUACAUAACUAAGAAAAUAGUUAUUUUAAGAACUGGAAAUUUGGGGAUUGCGGAGCCCAAAUGCAUCGCUUAGAAAAACCAUAACAUUUUAUUUUUAGGUGUUACACCAUUACAUAUAAUUACUAUUAUAAUAAAAAUAUAUUAUGCAUAACUACAUGCAAGUAACCCUAAUCCUAACCCUAUAUAGUAGCCUACAUGUAGUUAAAUUAAUAUUACACUGUAACAAGACCACCUUAUAAAAAAAAGUAUGACCAAAACCCCUUUUGAAAUCUUUUAUUUUGAAGAUUUGUAGGUUCGGCUCGUGAAUUGGCACCACUAGACGUAAAAAAGAGCACUGUUUUGUGAUAUGUAAAUUUGACAUUAUUCAAAAGUGCUCCAGCAGCUGUGGUUUAAAAAAAAAAAAUAAUAAUAAUUUCUCGAACCAAUGCAGAUUGUGUUUGAAAGCACAUAUUUAACUACUAGGCUAAUUCAAAUUCGAAAUGUGUGAUUACUGACAUCUGAAACAUUGAUAUUUAACUUUAUAUUUUGAGUUCCAUUGGGGACAUUAAUUAAUAAGCCUUAUUCAGGGGGGUCACAAACCCCAAACCACCCUCCAGUGGUGGGAAGUAACGAAUUACAACUACUCACGUUACUGUAAUUAAGUUUUUCGGGUACUUGUACUUUUUGAGUAUAUUUUUAGAGCUGUACUUUUACUUGCAAGUACAAAUUAAGCAAAAUAAUCUACUUCGUUACUUUUAAAUUAUAGCUUGUUACUGAGCACGCCCACAAUUAGAAUUAACACUAUUUCAUUAAUAUUACAUAUUUAAGCUAAGUGUAAUUUCUUAAGCAGACUACAGUCCCCAUGCUCACAGUGUUUCAGACACUAAUAUUUUAGCUGAAUCAGUUUGUUGUUUUUGGGGGGGCGUCUGGCAGAGCAUUUGGUCCCAGAAGUGGUGAAGGAUGAUCUCAGAUGUGACAAGCAGAUAUUCUUAAUGGGGUCCUAUUAUGCUUUUUCAUUUUUUGAAUUUUAGUAGGUGUGUAGUGUGUAUGUUUGAGCAUAACAAAUCUCAAAGUCCACUCCAAAGGGAGAUAUUUAAAAAAAUUUAAAUCCCUUUUCAAGAACUACAAUAAACAGCUUGUUUGGACUACAGCGUUGUUUUCCAAAACAAUAUCAAACUGAUCAUUGAUAUGGCAAUAUUGAUGCCAUUCUUAUCAGAGGGAACUUGCUGCUUUGCUAAGGGGCAGGCAGUACUGAAAUACCAUCUGAGCUGUUCACCAAUCACAAACACACUGGGACAGCUAACCAAUAAUAACACAUUUUGUUUUUUGGAAGUUUUUCUUCAUCGAACACAGAACUAAUUGAGACAUUUAUGCCAAGCAGUGGAGAAAGGUAUUGUAAUAAUGUAAAUGAUGUGUAAAAUAAUUUGUUUUUCGAACUACCAAGCAUGAGAGCAUGUUCUAGUACACCCCCAAAACAAAUUCAAGACAUUGUAAAAGAGCAUAAUAGGACCCCUUUAACCACUCCUAUCCAACCAGAUGUUGAAGUUAGAAAUCCCUGUAUCAUGACCACUAAUUAACAUACUUUGUCAAUAAGAUAAAAUUGGGUUUUGUUCAAAGUUACUAUUAUCCAUGCACAUAGAUCUUUGAUAUGAAUAUUGUUUGGUAACUAAAUAUCGCCAGCCAAAAAGUAACUAGUAACACUUGUACUAUUAGUAUUUUUUGACAGCAGUACUUUUACUUGUAAUUGAGUAUUUUUUCACCAAUGUCACAGUACUUGUACUUAAGUACAAAUUUUCAGUACUCUUUCCACCACUGCCCCCCUCUAAUUCGCAUCCUGCAUAUUGCCUAAAAAAGAUCUUGCAGGGAUUGCGUUACAUGCAGCACUGUUCAGAUAAGCAUAUUACAAGCGCAGCGAAAAAAGAUGUAUCCAACACGUGUUCAUCUCUCCCCCACCUCCCAUCUCCACCACCACCCUCUCGGAGAAGUUUCUCUUAUUUGUCUGGGCUGGAGAUGGAGUUGGAGAGCAGGAGGCGCGCAGUGCGCAGGAACCGAGAACAGUGAGAAGACAAACUGAAUCAGAUAACAAAGCUUGCCAGCUGCGAAGAACAGCAGAGGCGGUGAGUUAAAACUUGGACAGGAUCCGUAGGGCGUCUUCCAACUACCAUCUUAUCAAAUUGGUGCGAUACACCUGGGGAAACAGGAGGAGUUGAUGAAGGUAGAGGAGGAGGAGGGUGCCAACGCACAAGUGCUAGACUGCGCCAAGCCAAUCUGAGAUUACAAAUUACUCGCAUCCAUUUUUCUCCACAUUUUACAUUUUACUGAGUGAGUCUUUUUUUAGAUAUGCGGAUUUGCAGAAUACAAGGAGAUCUGUAUCGCUCCAUCCCAAGAGCAGCGCGCUGCUAUUGACAAACUCCUGCGGUAAGCCCUAAAAAUAACUUUUUUGGAAUCAUCCGCCCAGAAAUGCGGGAGACUGGUCUAUCUGAAGUGUAAAAAAAAAAAAAAAAAAAAAACGAAAGCAGUUCGUCAAGAACAAGCUCUCAAAGCAUUCUCGCAGUCUAUCUUCUGGGACAACUUUAACCGUGAAGGAUGUCAGCGUUACGGAAAAAAUUUGGGGAUGAUUAUCAAGUGGUGACCACUUCGUCCAGCGGCGGCGCGUUCAAUCAGGCGGCCCCCGAAAAGAAAAAGAAACGUCAGCGCUUUGUGGACAAGAACGGCCGCUGUAACGUCCAGCACGGGAACCUGGGAGGAGAAACCAGCCGGUACCUGUCGGACCUGUUCACCACGCUCGUGGACCUCAAAUGGCGCUGGAAUCUAUUCAUCUUCAUCCUUACCUACACGGUGGCGUGGCUCUUCAUGGCUUCUAUGUGGUGGGUCAUUGCCUUUAUACGUGGAGACCUGAAUCAGGUCCACGAUGACAAGUACACACCGUGCGUGGCCAACGUCCACAACUUUCCCUCCGCUUUUCUGUUCUUCAUCGAAACCGAAGCCACUAUCGGAUACGGUUACCGCUACAUUACCGACAAGUGUCCAGAAGGUAUCAUUCUCUUCCUCUUCCAGUCUAUCCUAGGCUCUAUAGUGGACGCUUUUCUGAUCGGUUGCAUGUUCAUCAAGAUGUCCCAGCCGAAGAAACGCGCAGAGACGCUGAUGUUCAGCGAGCACGCGGCUAUUUCCAUGCGUGACGGCAAACUGACCCUGAUGUUCCGAGUGGGGAACCUGCGGAACAGCCACAUGGUCUCCGCGCAAAUACGCUGCAAACUACUCAAAUCCCGCCAGACUCCUGAAGGUGAGUUUCUGCCUCUGGAUCAACUGGAGCUGGACGUUGGUUUCAGUACUGGAGCCGACCAGCUUUUCUUAGUGUCCCCUCUGACGAUCUGCCAUGUGAUCGACUCCAAGAGCCCAUUCUAUGACCUCUCGCUCAGGUCCAUGCAAACAGAGCAAUUUGAGAUUGUGGUUAUCUUAGAGGGGAUCGUGGAGACCACCGGUAUGACAUGCCAAGCUCGUACUUCGUACACGGAGGACGAGGUUUUGUGGGGUCACCGGUUCUUCCCGGUAAUUUCCCUGGAGGAGGGUUUCUUCAAAGUCGACUAUUCGCAGUUUCAUGGCACUUUUGAGGUUCCCACACCUCCGCACAGCGUUAAAGAACAAGAGGAGAGUUUGCUCCUGUCAUCACCUCUGACGGCGCCCUCUCUGUGCCACAGCACAGUUGGGGUGACGGAGGGCAGCGGAACUAUUGAAGGUCUGGAACUUCAGAGCGAUGCAGAAACUGGCUCCAUCAAUAUAGCAACCCCCAUGCCAACUACCAAAAUGCCUGCCAAACUUCAGAAGCUUACAGGACGGGAUGCCCCCAUUCGGGACGGAAUGCCCCGCAAGCUUCUGCGCAUGAGUUCAGAGAUCACCUACAACCUGGGUGACCUGCCCUUCAAACUCCAGCGAAUCAGCUCAGCUCCAGGCGUGGCAGAAGAGAGGCUUCAGCCAAUCAGUUCUGUGCUGAGCCCCAAUGAGGACAGACUGGCUACCAAGCUGGGCUUGGUGGGCGGGGCUGAACCCAUCAGCCAAUCGGUGACAGAUCUGCCACCCAAACUGCAAAGGUUGGCAGGAGGGGUCGGGGUGGGUGGAGUCGGAAUCGGAGGACGAAUGGAUGGUCAUCUGCCUCCCAAACUGAGAAAAAUGCAUUCAGAGAGGUUCACAGGCUUGAGUUUAAAAUGAACUGACUUCUAUAUGUAUACAUGUUUUGGCCAUUUACCUCCUCUGAAAUUGAAAUUAAGUAAAAGGGACACUUUAUAUAUGGAUAAAAUAUUAGAUUAAUGCUAAUCCUCUGCACAAUCUGGCAUGUUUUACCACAAACAGCAUGAAAAAAAGAAUUCAUUUUCAACAUCUAAAUGCAGAUAAUAUAACAACACUAUUUAAUGACUAUUCAGUAUAUCUCUUUUAUAUUAGCCUAAUAGCCAAACUUGUUUUGAGGGCUUGCCUAUAUUAUGUAUAUCUUAAAAUAGAUUAUCAAUCUAAUUAUCAGAAUGCAAUGUCAGUGUUCACUGAUAAUCCAUGGUAACUAAUGUUUCUAAAGGAGCCAGUGGCUAUAACCUGAGUUAGCCAUUUGUUUUUGUUUUUUUUUCAUCAGUGCAUCAGUUGUUGUGGUACACAAUAACACAUUGAGAGAUUAGAUGCUGUGGUCUUUAGACUUCAAGAAAUGGGCGCUGUGCAUUUAUGGUAAUGAAUUAUUUUAUUUUAUUUAUGAACCGACUCAGGUUUUGUUCUUUUUUUGUUUUUUAUCUAUUGCAUGAUCUAUCAUUUCAUAAUCAAGCCGGAUUAUCUCACGUCAAAGAAUAAGCCUUAAAUAUAAGGAGCCAAAUGUAAAAUACCAACCAUCGCAGACAACUAAUCUGGAAAGCUUUUAAAAAUGUUGACACUUUUUAAAGCUUUUAUGAUCUGUUUGUGGUGGGAUAAGUUUCCACCACAGUAUUUCACAUUUGGUUCUUACUUUAUAUAUGAUGUUUUGUCAAUGAUUGUUUCCGGCUGUUGUCCGUUUAAAAGUUUAAACUUAUUUGAAAUGUUCAAAUAUUUUCCUGACCUGAAUGACUUGAGUCUCACAGUGGGUACAAUGGAUAAAGUGGGGGUAAACCCAUCUAAGACAAUAAAAAAGACAAUGGUUGUGUAUAUCUGUUUUAAUAUUCUUUAUAGAUAAGACCUUGUCAACAUUGUUAUGGCUUUGUUUAACUCUUGUGUUUGAAAAACGAAGCAAUAAGAUUAUAAAUUGCAGUGGAACUUUUGACUGGAAAAAUCUUGUACCAUAUGUUAUGUUCGCGUUCAAUGGUUUUCAGUUUUCUAAUUGUGUUUCCCUCAAUACAUUCUAUUCUACUUCUGACGAAUAUUAGAACGGCAGUUGGAGGGGUUUAUAAUACUGUAAUAAAUGUUUUGUGAUGUGUAACAAGUCUAUUAUAAAAAUGAAACUACUACAUUUACAUUUAUUCAUUUAGCUGAUGCUUUUAUCCAAAGUUACUUACAAUUGCUAUAUAUGUCAAAGGUUGCAUGCCUCUGGAGCAACUAAGGGUUAAGUGUCUUGCUCAGGGACACUUUGGUUUCUCACAGUGGAUUCAAACCCGGGUCUCUCACACCAAAGGCUUGUGUCUUAUCCACCCCCAAAAAGAUGGAGCGCUUCACGGACUUGCGUGUCAUCCUUUCACAGGAGUCAUGCUAAUCUACUCUGUAUCGAUCCAGUUUUAGUAUAUGUGCCUCAAACUACUGAAAUGUACCUCCACCUUAUCCAUCAUCAUAAAAUAAGUCCAAAAUGAAUCAAAGCUAGGGGUGGACUUUCCCACGUUUGACGCAUAUAAGCUCAUUGGUAUUGGCAGAGGUCUUCCCCACAAAUAAAGCAGUUUGAUCUGGUUUGACCCAGCUGUAUGGAUGACUGGCCACUUGCUGCCUGAUGCUGCUCUUCGGAAGUGUUCAACUGUUUCAAAUGCCCUGAGAUUUCUAUUCUUUUUCAAUGAAAGAACAUAGAUUUUCUUUUAAAUUUGUUCUAAAUUUAGAAGAAAAAAAAGGUUUGCCUGUUUUUUAAUUGUCAUUGUGGCUUGUAAUACCAAUUAAAAAAUCUGACUCCACAUCUGCCUAGUAAAAGGUCACGUGAGCUUUUAUUUAUCAUGGUUUAUUAUUUAUAUGGCAUAAGUUGAAUAAUAAAGCUUUUUUUCUGUAACAAA